GAGGGACGCGAGACGAGGGGAAGACCGGAGGAGCAAGAUAAAAGCUGAGAAAUGACUGCGCCAAAAAGGGCGAAUAAAGAUGGAUCCAUAAACAGGCGCGUCAACAUCAUGUACCGUUCAGUCCGGUGUUUUCAAACAGGCUCGAGCGUGUGCAGCAACAUAUGAAAAACCUCCCCGAUAAAGUGUGAGUAGGAACUUGUGGGAAGAGCGCUAUGUCGUCUCCCGGAAUGGGCACGCCGAGCGACCCCCUGUUGUCCAGUCCUGUAGGGGGGAAUUUCGGGACCACCCAGGAUGCCACUUGGAGGCCGACUCUGUCCAAGACGUCCAGUUUCCCAACGUCCACCACACAGCACCUCAGUCACAGAGCAAACAACUUUCAAAGGCACCCAAAGCGACGGAAACUGAUCAGACCAUCUCCACCUCCACCGCCGAACACUCCGUGUCCUCUGGAACAGCUGGAUCUGAGCGAGCUGCCUCCAAGACGCACUUUCCCUGAGCUUCUGUUCAACGGGUGCAUUUUGUUUGGUAUCGAGUUCAGUUACGCAAUGGAAACGGCGUAUGUCACACCUGUGCUUCUGCAAAUGGGGCUGCCCGACCAGUUCUACAGUCUUGUAUGGUUCAUCAGUCCCAUUUUAGGAUUCCUACUACAACCAAUCCUUGGGGCGUGGAGUGACAGAUGUACCUCUCGCUUUGGCCGCAGGAGACCGUUUAUCUUUGCUUUGGCGAUAGGGGCUCUGCUGGGCCUAACGCUAGUACUGAAUGGAAGGGACAUUGGAUCAGCAGUGGCAGACACCUCUGUCGAUCACAGGUGGGGCAUCGUGCUGACAAUAUGCGGAGUGGUUCUGAUGGACUUCAGUGCGGACUCCGCUGAUAACCCCAGUCAUGCGUACAUGAUGGAUGUGUGUAGCCCAGAGGACCAAGACCGAGGACUUAAUAUACAUGCUCUUCUAGCAGGUCUUGGAGGUGGUUUUGGCUACAUUGUGGGUGGCAUCAACUGGGACCAAACUGAGUUUGGAAAGUCAAUGGGUGGCCAGCUCCGGGUCAUAUAUCUGUUCACCAGCAUCACUCUCGCCACCGCCACAGCCAUGACUCUCACAAGUAUACCUGAGCGACCUUUGCCCCAGUCCCAGCCUCAAUCGAGAAGCAACCGAAACCUCAAGAGCCCCAAUCUUCCGCUACCGCCCUCCCCACCUCCUCCACCUGGAGCAGCUGCAGACCAAGAUGACGAAGAUGAUGAGAAAGCGCUAUACAGCAGCCAGUUCUCCAACUGCCAUUACCAAGAUCCAUUGGGUCGAUCGAACAGCGCCAAUGCACGACUCUAUGCAGGCCUUACCAGUCCCAUCACGCCUCUGAGUCCUUUGACGCCCAAAUACGGCACCUUUAUCAGUCGCGACAACUCGCUCACGGGCAUCAACGAGUUUGCUUCCUCCUUAGGUACCUCCUACAUAGACAGAGUGUUGAUUGAAUGCUACACUGGACAGCAGACUCCUCAGCAACUAGAGCCAGAGGCGAUAGCCCUACCUCUGCCGCCAGGGGACAUACCCCCUCCUCAAGGGCAUCAACCAAUUGAAUCGCUUGAGGCUGUACAGCAAAACAAAUUCUCACAGCAUAAUGGAGAGCUGUUACCAACUGAAGAGUUGCAAGCUAAUGAGCAAAAGCAAGCCAUUGAACCUCCACGCCAGCUUAAUGAGGGUCAGCAGGCUGCCUCGGGGUCGCAGCAAGACACCUCAGGGAUACUGAAGCGCCCCCAGAGUCUGGCCUUAAUGGAAGACCCGCUAAUUGCCCCAAGCAGUGGCUUGGAGAACGGUCGGAGACGCACUGUCACCUUCAGUCAACAGGUGGCAAAUAUAUUGCUGAAUGGAAUGCGCUAUGACAGUGAUCUCAGUGGCAACAGUGAAACUGUAGACAAUCAAAUGUCAAUGAAGCUUCUCUGUACCGCCAUCUGCAGGAUGCCUCCGUGUUUACGAAGUUUGUGCACCAACCAUUUCCUGGGCUGGUUAUCAUUUGAAGGGAUGCUGCUCUUCUACACUGACUUUAUGGGGGAGGUGGUGUUUGGGGGAGACCCAAAAGCCCCCCAUGAUUCUGAGGCGUACCAGCUCUACAAUGCUGGCGUCAGUAUGGGCUGCUGGGGGAUGUGCAUCUAUGCAUUCAGUGCUGCUUUUUAUUCAGCCAUUCUUGAGAAACUGGAGGAGCGGUUCUCUUUGCGUUCUCUGUAUUUUUUUGCGUACUUGGCCUUUGGAUUGGGCACAGGACUUGCCACGCUCUCCACCAACCUAUAUGUGGUGCUGUCGCUUUGUGUCACCUAUGGAGUUCUCUUCUCUUCUCUCUGCACGCUGCCUUACUCGCUGCUCUGUGAAUACUACCAGAGCCCUCAGUUCUGUGGCUCAUCAGAGGACGGGACCAGGCGUGGUAUGGGGGUGGACAUCUCUCUGCUUAGCUGCCAGUACUUCCUGGCACAGAUCCUGGUUUCUGUGGCGAUGGGCCCACUGACAUCGCUGGUGGGUGGGGCCCAGGGCGUGAUGUACUUUUCAAGUCUGAUGUCAUUUGUGGGUUGCCUGUACUCCUCACUUUGCGUGGAGUACCAGCUGCCACCACCCGAGGGUGAGCCUUCCCAAAGGGAGACCCAGCCACUACUGGUGCACAUCUAGAUCUGUUUUCUCACACUGUACACACGUAUAGAAAGGGUCCAAAAUUCGCACUAAAAAAAAUGGGAUGUGGCCCAUUUUUUUUACGAAUUGCAACAUAACGCAUGGUUUUAUUGGGAGGUAUGAACGAUAGUUUCAAACCAAAUACAUGCAUGAUCUUACAUCGAUUAUGCUUAAUAAACCGACAACGAGCAUGUUUACAGGCACAGCAAUACUGUGGUAACUAUCAAAAAUCUGCCUUUUUUUAACGACAACGCAAGAAACCAGCAUUUACAUGAGAUUUUCAAGAAUUCUCUGCUUUUGACAGCAAAAAUGCUUUUGUACUUGGCAAAUAUCUACACGUGCCGAUCGUUUCUUCUUAAAUGGUUUAUGACCUUAUGAUAAAGGAAAUGACAUGACCUGAUAUGUUGUCGGCCUAUUAAGUAUAAUCGGUGUAAGGUCAUACAUGUGUAAACGUGCUCAAAGUGUGGUCAUGUAAAUGCCUUAAAGAGCACAUAUUAUGGUUUUUAAACAUGUCUAAUUUUGUUUCAAAGGUCUCAUACAAUAGAUUUACAUGCAUCCAAGGUCAAAAAACACUUUCAUUUGCUCAUAAUUUAAAUUGCAGCAUUACCUUUUUCCCCCAGUGUCAAAAACGACUCGUUCAAUGAUCCGUUCAAAAGGAUUCAUUCUAAACUCCUCCUUUCAGAGAGCCUACUCUGCUCUGAUUGGUCAGAUGUCCCAGUUUGUUGUGAUUGGUCUACCGCUUAGUGUAGUGUUUGAGGGCGGGUCAAAGCUGUUCACGAGCAGCCAGUGAAGACCAGAGGCGGGUUUUUUGUUACCAAAUUACGUAGGCUAGUGCAGGAAGUAAGUCUGGAUCUACUAACGACUCGUUUCAAGUGUUCAGAAUCGGUUCUUUCUUUUGGGAGUCAGUAACUCCAUUUGUCGUGCACUUUGAUUUUUGAAACUUUGCAGACUUUUUUACAUUCACAAACAGCUAUAUAACACACUACAUGAAAUGUAAUAUUUGAAAAACCAUAAUAGGUGCUCUUUAAACACGUUCCUUAUUCAGGGUAAGGUCAUAAACUAAGUAAAAACUGAUCGGUAGUUAUAGUUUUUUGAAAAAAAAAUCCCACCACCCUGAUUUUACAUUGCAUGUAAACCUCUUUACCACCGUUCUUAUCAGCUUAUCCAAUGCGUGCAAGUGUUGUGCGCAUUACUGUUUACGUUUUGACGUCAAAUGGAGAGAAUUAUCAGAUGAUUUCAAGUCUCAUGCAAACACCGUUUUCUUGCGUUGUCUGAUUUUUUGAAUAAGCUGAUUUAUGCUGAUAACUCAAAUCAGCUUAUUUAAAAUUUCUUCAACAACCCAUCGGGAAAUCAUCAGGUUAUGCUGUGCUUUUGAUGUCAAAGCGCAAACAGUUAUGCACACAACACUUAAACGCAUUGGAUAAGCAGGAAAGAAUGGCAAUAAAGGUGUUUACAUGCAACAACAAAAUUGUGGUACUUGGCAAAAAUCUAUGCAUGCCAAUUGUUCUCUUAAACUGUUUAUGACCUCACCCCGAUAAAGGAAAUGACAUGACCUGAUACGUUGUUGGCCUAUUAAGUAUAAUCAGUGUAAGGCUGUGCAUGUAAACAUGCUCAAAGUGUAGUCAUGUAAAUACCUUAAACACGUUCCUUAUUCAGUGUAAGGUCAUAAACAGUUUAAGUAUUAAUUGAUCGGCUCAUUGCCCUGAUUUAGCAUGAUAUGUAAACCCCUUUACCAUAGUUCUUACUGCCUUUUCCAAUGCGUACAAAUGUGCGCAUGACAGUUCGUGUUUUGACAUAAAAAAGGAGAGAAUAACCUGAUUAUUUCAAAUCUCAUGUAAAAAUGGUUUUCUUGUGUUGUCGGAUUUUUAAAUAAGCUGAUUUACGCAUACUAUCUAAAAUCAGCUUAUAUAAAAUUUCUUCGACAACACAUCGGGAAAUCAUCAGGUUAUGCUGUGCUUUGACGUCAAAGCACAAACAGUCAUGUGUGCACAUACGAUAAGCCGGUAAGAACGGCGGUAAAGGUGUUUACAUGCUAAAUGAAAUCGGGGAGAAUGGGCAUAAAUCUACAUGUGCCAAUCAGUUUUUGCUCUAACCGUUAGACCUUACGAUAAAGGAAAGUCAUUUAAACCGUUUACAUGACCAUACAUGUAUUUGGCUUAUUAAGAAUAAUCGGUGUAAGAUCGUGCAUGUAAACGUGCUCAAUGAGAUUCAGAUAAACGACUUUUACCAAAGUGGAACAUUUACCAUUAGACGUUUAUAAGAAGGGCUUUUCUUUUAUUGUCAUAACUCCAAAUCUCCACAUAAAAAACAUAUUUUACCAAAACGAACAUUUUAACAAAAUCAUGACGUUUUUGUUGUCGCAGUCUUACUGGUAAAUGACACAAUGAUCUGCACUUUUUGCCACAAAUAUGCAACGGAGAAACAGCUAGUAAAUCCUUUGUCAAAAGGACAAAAAAAAUUAUACAUAGAGUAGGGUCUGAAAGACUGAAACCAUGUUGAAAAUCUGGAAUUUUUUUAUUUAUUUAAACCUGUAAAUCAAAAAAUAAAUAAAAAUGUUAUGGUUUUAAACAUUUUAACGAAACACUUUCUAUUUCAAUAAUGUAUGCACAUUUGUGACAUUGAGUAUGUUAACAGCUCUUUGGAAUGUUCUCAAAUAAUGCUAGAAUAACACUGAUCAUCAGGUUAAUAAAAAAAAGGGGGGGGGGGGGGGGGGACACCAAAUAGGAGAUCUAAAAUUCAUGUACAUUUUUUAAACUCAUCUUACAUAUAACAAAUAAUGCCAAAUAGAAACUUUUUCACUAGUAGUCUCUGCCUUUUAGACUUUAACUGAAACAAUUUUCUCAAUUCCCCAGCCAUUGGAAGAUGUAGCAAAAAGUUAAUUUUGGACCCUGUACACACACACACACACACACACACAAACAGUGCAGACUCCUUCCACUUGCUUCAGAUAAACC